AUGCGCCAAAUGGAGGGAACCGUGCGUAUGGAUGUUCACUCGCAGGCCGUUGUGGUUCCCCGCUCAUUCCGGCUUCUAGAUGAGUUGGAGAAGGGGCAGAAGGGGCAAGUAGCGGAGGGAGUAUCUUUUGGACUGGAGGAGGCGGAUGAUAUCACCCUGACCAACUGGUCCGGCACCAUCUUCGGACCACCAGGAACGGCCUUCGAGAACCGUAUCUACUCUGUGGCCAUUAAUUGUGGACCCCAGUACCCGCAUGCCCCUCCAGAAGUUCGGUUUCGCACGCGCAUCAACAUGCACGCAGUUGACCCUAAUGGGGUGGUCCUGAAGAGCAGCUUUCCCAUGUUGCGUCAAUGGCAGCGUUCCUAUACAAUUGACAUGUUACUGACUGCCCUUAGGCAAGAGAUGGCCUCGCAUGCGAACCGCCGCCUCCCCCAGCCACCGGAGGGUGAUAUGUACUGA